AUGGGGCCCAUUUGUUACACUGUGACACAGAAACUGCGCCUGCCAUCACAGGAUGGUGUAUCCUAUCAUGAGGAGCUUAUCGAGUUCUUUGUUGCAGACAUCGGUGACCACGAUCUCAUUCUCGGUACGGACUGGCUUCACACACAUAACCCAGAGGUCGACUGGUCUAAGUCGCGUGUUGACAUGACCCGGUGCCCUCCGGACUGCACACUUGUUAACCCGCCUGUCACCCACCUUCGCACACUGCGCCCGCCAUUGUCAGGACGACCCGUCUCUAUCGAGGAGGUUGAUGAUGACGAGGACAUUCAUCUUCGUGCAUGGCAGCAGGCUUCAGCACUGCCCAUUGACUCCCCUCUUCUCAUCGAUACCAACGACGACGCGCCCGAACUCCUUUCCAUUCCUGUGGCACGGGGAAACCCUGUCACGAUGGAAAGUGUUCCGGAUGCCGAGGACAUACGCCUUUGCCUACAACUGCGCGCUUGUUCCCUGGACACAACUCUGGAUGAACUACCGACAGUUGACGAGAACUAUGAAAGUUCAGCCGCUCUCCAUAUUGGACCUAGGCGGCUGAAACUUAGCAAUGAGUUGGAGGACGUUGCUUCCAUCCCCAUGUCGGACGAAGGUUCAGCCGCUCUCCAUAUUGGACCUAGGCGGCUGAAACUUGGCGAUGAGUUUGAGGACAUUGCUUCCAUCCCCGUGUCGGUCGACUGGGUACUCAGAGGUCUACAGCUUGCGCGGAUUGUCCCCGACAUUGAGCACUGCACAUUCGAGCCGGGCGAUACCAUCUUGUUCACGACCGACUACACCGAGGACCCUGAAGAUGACGAUGAUCCAACCGUAUACAUCCGCGCUGGUUUCACACGAUCUCAAGAGCUGGCGGAGGAGCACGCUGCCCAGGCCCCAGCUAAGUCCUUUGAAGAGCUUGUCCCGGAACAGUACCGACCAUGGAUUAAGGUGUUUGACAAGAAGGUCUCGGAGCGCCUACCGGAACACAGCAGACACGACCACACGAUUGACCUCAAACCAGAAUUUGAGAAGCGUCUAGAGACCCAUCCUAUCAACGCUAAACUCUAUCCCCAGCCCGGAAAUGAGAAGGCAGCUAUGGAGGCGUUCAUCAAGGAGCAUAGGGAUCGUGGCACCAUCCGCCCUUCGAAGUCACCCAUGGCAAGUCCGUUCUUCUUCGUCAAAAAGAAAGACGGCACUCUGCGCCCCGUCCAGGACUACCGCAUCCUCAACUCGGGCACCGUCAAGAACACGUAUCCGCUACCGCUCAUCGGAGACAUUGUUGAUUGCCUCACUGGCGCCAAGGUCUUCUCCAAGAUGGACAUCCAGUGGGGUUACAAUAACAUUCGGAUCAAGGAGGGCGACGAGUGGAAAGCGGCGUUCAAGACCAGCUUGGGACUGUUCGAACCUUUGGUGAUGUUCUUUGG